UCCUUAUGGUUCCAGUUUUUUAACAAUGGAUCUCAAUAAGACCGAGGAAGUGAUUGAGAAGCUAGAGAGUCUCCACCAGCAGCCUCACCUCUGGGACUUUCUGCUUUUACUGCCAAGACUCUACGCAAACACCUCCCACGUUGCAGAUGGCGUCCUCGCGGGAGGACACCUACUCCACGCGGUUCUGACUUCCUUAUCAGCUCUAGAAGAUUUAGAUUGGCUGCCUCUCAACCACACCUUUUCCAGGGUCUCUGAAAUGCUGCUAAAGGCGGCUGUUUCAACGCUGGCAUCCCUGCAGGAGAGUGGAGCGGUGGCCACAGAGCCAGGUUACAGCCUAUCCGUGAAGGAACUGAUGUGGGACCCACAGAAGGUUCAGGCUGACCUGAAAUCCCAAUUUGGCUUUGAUGACCUUCAUGCAGAACGAGUCCUGAAUUACUCUGUUGACCUAGACGAGAUCCCCACAGACGGUUCCCUGGAGCAGAUGCUGUGCUCAGCCUUGUCUGGCUCCUCCGAGGAUGAAGAUGACGGAGAGGGUCGCCCUGCAGACUGUGACCCUCGGUGGUCAGCGGCCAAAGACUACCUGGUCCAGGCAGUCAGCCAGCUUCACCUCUACAGACAGGUAUUUGAUCAGCAGUGGAAAGGCAGCCUCUUCCAGCCGGUCCUGGCAGGGAUUGGCCGUGGCCUGGAGACACUGAGGACUCAGUCUGGGGAGGGGAGCCAGCCCUGGAAGGUGGUCAGGGCUUUGCAGGCCGCUCUCCUCCUCCUGAAUGACAGCAUGGCAGCAGAUGGCCCCGAAGGCAGCCACACACCUAUCAGGAUAUUACUGUAUAUGCAGAGACUGCAGCAUGUCCUCCAGAAGCUGCCCCCGGGGCCGGCCCUGACGAGACUGCUCCAGCUAGAUGGGGCUCUCAGGAACGCAGUGGCCCAGGAUCUACACCUCGUCCGAGAAAUCAUCAUUUGCCUCGAGGCAUCUGCCAGCAACUCUAGAUCCCAUGGACCUGGCCAAUCAAAACUGGAAAAGGACGUGCUUUUUAAGGAGUUAAAGCAGUUGCUGAUGAAUAAGAAUGCCACUUCUCUCUGCCUUGGUGGGUGCUUGUUGGAGACGGGAGUUCCCCUGCGUCCCAGAGUGGCUGGCGUCCAGGAGGCCCUCGGGGGACUGACCUGUGGUCCUCUCCCCUCCAGCGAGGCCAGCGCUUUACACAAGCUGCUUGGGUCCGUGCAGGACUCUAGUCAUCUUUUGCAAGCAGUCAUUACUGGGCACACAAGUAUGCCAGUUUCAAUACCAGAAGAUGCCCCGGACUGGCAGGACCUAGGGGCACAGCUGCAGGAAGCAAGCCUGCCCUGCACUCGGCUCCUGCGGCUACUGAGAGCUGAUGUCUCCGCUGCUGAUUGUGCGGACCAGCUUUUCUCCACGGUGAUGUUUCAUACACUUGAGAAAGCACACUCAUUCCUGGAACAUACACACUUCUGGAAAGCCUUCAUGGGGUUUAUCAGGAGGACUUGCGAAGUGGCUCGAUAUGUGAAUAAGCAGGAGGGUAUCCAGAACAGUUCACUGGGUUUCUCUGAGGAAUCUCCUUGUUAUAAAGAAAACAUGGAUUGGAAAAGCAUCAGUGAUAAUUAUUUUGCAUUUUUGAAUAACUUGAUCAGGACUCCAACAGCUUCCAUGUCCAGGGUCUUAAAUUAUACAAAGGAACUUCUAGUGAUGGAAAAGAAGUUGCAGAUGCUUAAAGAUGAGCAAAUAAACUUCCUUUUAUCUUUUAUGGAAUUUUUGGAGAAAUUAUUAUUGCCUAAUCCAUUCAACUUAUCCAGUAUUCUCAAAUUUUAUAACCUCCCAUCUGUCCCUGAGAUGACUGUAAAUACAAGUCAUUUGUGGCCAAAUCAUUCAGCAAGUUUAGAGAGAGAUAUACCUGGCAUGGAUACUCAGAAACUUCUAGAAGUCAGCAAAGAGAUGAUUGAAAAAAUAGAAACUCAUGAAAGUUUCUGGAUAAGGAAGGAAUCAAUAAAUAUCUUGAGAUUUGUGAAAUUAAUACUUCUGGGGAUGAAUCCCAAGUUUCUGGCAUUUUGGAUGCAUGGCGCUUCAAAAGGAAAGAGAGCUGAACUGGGACUCUUGCCUACACUUGCAAAUGUUUCUGAUUCAGAAAAUGAGAUGAUUCAUAGGAAAAGCUUUAACUUUUCCCAAUUGUUUCAUUCAGAUUGGCCUCAAUCACCAGCCAUGAAAAUGAACUUUGUUCAUGUAAUUGAAGUGAUAAUAAAUAGUCUCUGUAAGUUUGGAUUUCUGAGGCAGGAACAAGUCUCAGAAACUGUGGGCACACUCUAUGCUAUGAGGAACGCAUCCAAUCUUUUCGUAGCCCUUUCUGAACCUCAAAAACAAGACAUUGAGAAAAUUUUGACUUGUGUAUAUCUACAUGUCUUCCAGGACAAAGAUUCAGCUUUACUUCUGCAGAUUUAUUCUUCAUUUCACCAGUAUAUGUAUAAAUUCAUGAGCAUUCAGAGCAGAGAGUCUUUGUUUUCUCUCCUUAUGCAAAUCUCAAAACACAUUUUGGAUAUCCUAAAGCAAUUUAAUUUCCAAAACAUCAGCAAAGCAUUUUCAUUUUUAUAUGAGACAACAGGGGUCCUUGGGAGGAUUUCUGAAGUACCUUACUGUCAACAAUUGCUUUCAAUUUUUAACUUUUUGGAGCUUCAAGCCCAAUCCCUGGUGUCCACAGAGGGCCCUGCAACGGAAGUCAUCCAUGCUACUUUGAGAGGCCUCAAGCAGCUCUUCAUGGUGGAUGACGGUUUUCGUAAUUCUGUAUUUCAGUAUGUGAGUCAACUCUUUAAUGGCUCAGCAGAGGCCCUGCUGGGUGAUGAAUGCUUUGUUCUGGAUAAUAAAAGCAUUUCUUCUGCAAAUUAUUCACCAGAUGAGGGGUCUCCAUUUAUCCUCCCAUGGGCACAAAUCCUUUCAAACUUCUCAGCAGAUGGCAGUGAGUUCCACGAGUUUGCAGCUCUUCAUUGCACCACUUUGUGGCUUCACAUGUGGACCGAGGUCUGUGGACACAUAGCUCAGAUAUUUCAGCUGGACACGAGUGUUUUCACUCCUCUUCGUGUUGGUCUCAGUCAGCUUUUGGAUGAACUGGAAAGUGAUGAGAAAAUUCCUACAAGCUGUCAGGAAGUAAUUCCCAACCAUCACCCUGCUAGACUCAUCUUACAUUUGCUUAAGAAUGUAACUCAAACUGAUGGCUUUCAUGAUUGGAAUGAUUUCCUGAAUCUCAGGGAUCUCUGGGUAGCACUAGGUGAUGGAUUAGUUCGAGUAAAGUUGCUUAACCUGGACCAGAUAGAGAAAUCCCUUUUCACCAUGGAAACUACCCUGAGUCAGCUGAAGUCACUAGUUACCAACACGAGCAGAGAGUUUUUAUAUUCUCUGCUCAACAUUUUUAUUGAGUUGAGCAAUACCUCAGCAUCUAUAGAUAGAAGCGUACAUUUGAUGACUCACUUUCUCUUAAGGAACCUCACAAAUUAUGAAGUAAAGUUUGCAAGUGCCAUCACCGACCUAAGAGACACAGUAUUAUUUCUUAAAAAUAUGUCCCACGACCAGGAUUUAUUGUCCUGUGCUGACAUUUUCCAAAAUGUCACUGAGUUUAUCUUGGAAGAUGGUUUAUUGUAUGAAAAUUCUUCCCAGAGGGCAUUCCACAUUCUGGCCAUGUUGAAUUCCACAUUUUCCUCUGUGGACAUAGUUAGCAGACUGAAAGGAUGUACCACGUGGGUCAGCGCUAUAAACCACCUGUGUGCUGUGUAUAACUCCAGUUUUUCACAAGGCCGUCUUCACGGUGUUCUGCGGAGUCUCAGAGAGGUGAAAGACAAACUGAACUCUACUUUGAAGCUUGUUACUGGGAUGUUGAAUAUAAUGAUGGAGCCUUGCCCACUGAAUAGGUCAAAUAUAAACUGUGUGAAUGUUUACUUAAAAAACGUGACAGACUUUCUGAAUGUUCUACUCACCGCAGUCUUUGGAAAAGAAAAGGUACCACAUUUUGAGAUUUUAUUAACUCUUUUAAAUGAUUCCACAAACCAAGUAAGGAUGAUUAUCAACAAUGUCUUGAGAGACUUUGAUUUUGCACCUCAAUCUAACUGGACACAUUUUACUGAAUUAAUUCUAAAACCCAUAGAAAUAUCAGAUGAAAUGCCUCUUCAAUUUCAAAAUAUUUGGCUGCAAUUAGUAGCUCUAGGGAAGGAAAUUCAAAAUCUUGUGAAAGAUAUUUCCCCUAACAACCUGGAAAAUAACACCUCUUAUAAAGCUGAAAAAAAUUUAAACAUAAUUGCUACCAGUCCAAAGGAAAAGGAUAUACACAGCUUAGGCAAUUCAUUUUACCAGUUAGCUAGUUACCUUGCCUUCAAUUUAUCUCACGAUCUCCAAAGUUCACCCAAAAUAAUUUCUCAAGAAGUAAUGAAAGCUGUGGGUCUCAGUAUUCAACUCAUGAAGGAUUUGUUCAACUCCCUAACACCCUCUGCUUAUCACAAUAUUCCACAAGAGCCAGGUGACUUUCAAGUUUUAAAGACGAUGACUUCUCUCCUGCGCACUGUUAAGAAAACAGACGUAUAUCUGCUAGUAGAUCAGCUUGAACACAUUAGUGAAAGCAUGAUGGAUUUCUUUAAGAACAUCAGCAGGUUAGGUGCUAGCAAUUUGGGGAUCGGCUUCUUUAUUGACUUAAUGGAAAGAUUUGUUGACAGCUCACAUUCUUGGAGUAUUAACCACCUGCUGAGGCUCUUACGUCUGUUUCCUAAAAAGGAUGCUGAUGCUGUGGUGGAUGCGUACUACGUGCUCCCGCAUGCCAUGAGGCUCCUGCGGGGCAUGGGUGACAAGAAUAUCACAGAGGCCCUCAGGGAUGUCUAUAACUUCACACUCCUCCAUGGCAUACACCUUUCAGACGUCACCAAGGAAGACUUCACUGCUGCGAUAAAAACUCUUAUGGACACAAUUGAAUUAGUAUCAGCUCAACCUGGCAUUGUUUCGAAGACAUUGACUUGUCUUCCUGUAUUUUGGUGCUGGAAUCAUACAACUUCUGGGUUUCAGCAGAACCCAAGAUCAGAUGCCUGUAAUGCCCAUGAGCUCACUUCUUCCUUUUACAGCCAAGUAGCCAGUAUCCUUGACCACCUCCACCUGUCUCCCCAUGGUGAUGAUUCACAAUGUUUGAAUGAAAGCACACAGAAGGAAAUAACUAAGAAAGUAGCCUGUGUAAUUCAUGAACUAAUGGACUGGAGUCCCAUUCUUCUAGAGCUGUGUGAAGUUUUCCAUGUUAAAACUUCACUUGUGAAAUCUGUGCAAGAGUUUUGGCAUAAGGUGUUACCAUUUGUCCCGCUUUCUGGAAAUCAGAGCAGUGGCAGCAUCUCUGAGCUGUGUCCUGGUCAUCUCAUAAAGCAAGUCGCUUUGCCAAUCAUAGAAAAAUUUAAAAACUUCAACUUUACAAAAGUCACAUCAGAUGAAAACCUUCUUGAAAAACUAGUUAGUUUAAACAAGGUUCUUAAUGUGGAUGAAGGAGCAGAAACAUCUGUUCGGUAUAAUAUUUCCUUUCGUUUGAAAAGAAUAAUAGACUUUCUUUCUAGGAAGGAGAACCUGGUAAACAGCACCAAUUCGCUAGUUUCUCCGUUCAUGACAUUGCUGAAUGCAAACUUCACAGGCAGUAGUUUAGAAGCAUUAUCAUGUUUUAUUAACAAAAGCGAAGCAGCUUACAACUUGGAAAAACAAUGGCUUGAGUUUGAACAAAUCAUGAAAGAUCUAACCCAUAAUUUUAGUAUCAGACCCCUAUAUUCUGAAAUUUACAAAGUGAUCCAAAGGACUAAUUCAGUGGCUCUUCAAAACAUACCCUUAUCACUUGCCCAUUUUUUGGAAAGCCUGGAUUUAUCAUCAUUGAAGACAUUAGAAAUUAUUGAAGAUUUUUUACUGGUCAUAAAAAACUGGUUUCAUAAAUUUGCAAAUGAAGAUUACUCCAAAAUGAUACAAACAUUAUUUCUUCUUUCGGCUAACAAGAGUUCAACUGAUGAUAUCGCUUUGGUGACUAAAGACAUUGCUACCUUUUUGGAUUAUCUCAAAAAUGUUUCUAGAGAAGGUAAUUUUGAUGUUGCCCUUCUUACUCGUCUGCUAAGUCAAGAACAGCUAACUAAUUUCUCAGUUGUUCAGCUGCUUUUUGAAAGCUUCCUAAUUAAUUCAGUCAAUAACUUAGCUGAGCGUUCUCAAGGAGCAGCCUUGAACUUAAGUGAUGCUGACCUUCAAAUAAUGAAUCUCAUUAACCUCGUCUUGAACCACACACAGUCAGAAAAUGGUGAGAGAAUCGUUCUCCCUCCAAGAAGCAGAGUGGGUUUCAUGGAACAGCUUUUGAAAACAUUCUUCUUUUUACUAAAGGAAAAUUCUGGGAACAAAAUAUUUCUUCUGCUAAAAGACAUCCACAAAGAUCUCUUUGCAGAGAUAAGUUUUGUUCCAAAGGAUAAAAUUCUAGAAAAUCUGAAACUCGAUCAUUUUCUCACCUCCAUGAAAGAAGAUAGAUUGGUGACCGCUUUUUCAACUUUAAAGGAAACUGUGUAUCAUCUAAUAAAGAACUCAUUUACAUUAGAUGAUGGAGAAUUAUAUUUUGAUAAUCAUCAAGGACUGCAGCUCCUGGGAGAUUUAUUCCACACUCUUCUAAGGGAAACAUCAAUGAAAAAGGAGACUGAAAAUGAUCUGGAGUUUCUUAUGGUGCUGAAUCAGUUGCUUUCCCAUAUGAACAGUUCUGAGGACCUUUUCAAACUCAAUCAAGAUCUCCGGUCAGCUCUUCACCUCGUGAGAGAAACUUCCAUAGUGAUAGCACAUUUCAUGGACGCUCUUUUAAGCUCUCCUGUUAAGGACUUCCGUGUGCUGUACCCUUCCCUCCAGGAAGUUAUACUUGCAAAUCUAACCCAUUUGCUUUCCUUUGUAAACAAUUCAUUCCCCCUAAGGAACAGAGCAACAUUAGAAAUUACCAGGCACUUAUUGGGUGUUAUCUCAGGAGCAGGUGGAGGGAACUGUACCCUUGACCCACUCUUGGAUAUGUCUGACACUCUGACCAUGCUGGCCGACGAUGGUGUAGAGAUGAGAGGUCUUGCCACGUCAGUCACCUCCACCGUGAAAUUUCUUAAGUUAGCCAAGAAAAUUGCAAGAAAGGUGGCCACCAUGUUUCAAACUCAUCUCAUUUCCACUGCCAAGGACACCAUGAAAUUCUUUGACACUCUUUAUUUUCUUUUGCUACAAAGUGUUCGAAAUGUUGUCAAUGAAAUGAUUACUUUAAAAAAGGCAGAUCAUUUAAUAUUUGAAAAUACAGAUGACUUGUUGAUGCCAUUUCUUGACUUGGCCUUUGGCAUGAUUGGAGUUAAGCCUAAUAUUUCCCAAGACUCAGAUAUCCUCAAUAUGUCAUCUGGCAUAUUCACAUACAUGAACCAGUCCAAACAUCUUUAUGAUAUUAGGGAAGAAAUAGCUGACUUUUUAACUUCUGUGAAAAUCAAUUUGGGAGAUGUGGAACAUCUCCUGGCUGCAUUUAAAAAUGGGGCCCAAAUAUUUUCUGUGGAUUCUGUCAAUUUAUGGGAAGAAAUCCUUGAUUGCUUAGUUCCUAUAAAUAACAUCACCAGCCACAUAGACUUCUUAUAUUCUAACCCAACUUCCACUCAUAAUUUCCCUCAAGAUAUAAAAUGGGAAAUAACUCAUGAAGUGAUCCUGUUUCUGCGUGAAAUCCUGUCCCAAAACAGGACAGAGCUAGGGAGCUACUUGAGAAUGGUGAUCAACCUCAUCUCAGUCACGCUUUUGAAUGACACAGGGAAGGACCACAGGGGUGUUUUUAAUCUGUUGCUGACAUUGGCUCUGCAUCCAAACGACCUUCUGAAACUCAUCACGACAGUGGCAGAGGCCUCCCGUGAAGCUUCACUUUUUAACACCUCUUGGAUUCAGAAUGUGACUGAGCAGCAACUCCAAGAAGCCAUCCAGACCCUACUGAGUAAAAUAGCUCUCGUGAAGAAAGAGCUUCUCCUCAACAGCUCUCAGUGGACGCACUCCGUGAGCACUUUGCUUCAGCCCUUUUUUGAAAUUUUUAUUCAUGCAACCACUGGAACACAUGAGAAGACCCAGAAAGAGCUGGUUGACAUUCCCGACAUCCUCAAACCAUUAUCACGUUUUGAGAAAUACCAGAAGGCAUUGAUCGCAUUGGUUGAAUACUGGCAGAGGGUCUCGCUGAUUGAUCAAAGUGUCUUGGAUGCCUGUCAGGCUUUCCUGCAGUCCCCGAAGCCCCUAGAUGCUGUGGUGACCCUGUGGAGAAUGGAGACGCUGGCCCAGCGCGUGCUUCUCCUCCUUGCAGAAAACCACUCUCUGACGAAGGAUGUAUUGUGUGCCGCUCUGCACUGUGAGCAGAGCGUGGUGAGGCUUCUGCUGUUAUCUGCCCUGCGAGGGGUCAUUCUGGUGCACGACCACUACCAGGAAUUGGAAAAGAUAUGGACCUCUCCCCAUCAACUAAGCUGUGAAGGCCUUCGCAGGAAUCUCUCCAGAGCCUUGGAAAGCUUCAGAAGCAGUUUGGAAGAUGCCAAUGAGCAGGACUGUGAAUGCCAGCCUGGGCCGGCCUCCAAGCCACACACGUAUGCCUUGAUCCCGAAGCCCCCUUGCAUCACCAUGUCAGGUCUGAAGAAUUCUGGCAAAUCUCUUGUUCGGAAAAAUGUAAAAGUAAAAGAUUUGAUGCAGAAUAUCAGCAAGUUAACUGAAGAGCUCCGAUCUUCUCUGCACGUCUCAGAUGGAACCAUCAACAGUAUUUUAGAAGCAAACAUCUCCCACUCAAAGGUGCUGUCCAGCGCCCUGACAGUGGCUUUGUCUGGAAGUUGCAACAGGGACGUUCUUCAGCUCCUGCUCCAGUUCCCUGAAGAUGGAAAGUCCGAGUCUGCAGCGAUGGAGCUAUGUGGCCUGCCCAGGGCCCAGGUGUUUUCCAUGAUUGUGGUGUUGGCUCAAAACCUGGACCUGCGGAACUUCGUUUACAAAACUCUGCUUCCUGCUGAAGCCAGCAGCCUGCUGAGCGCCCUGCUGGACGUUGUGUCCAGCCUCAGCCACCUGCUCCCCAGAGCUGGCCGCGUUCUCGAGUACCUUCCCGCAUUCCUCCAUGAAUUUAAGAUCACUGCUUUGCUGGAUGCACCCGACUUCCAGCAGGCUUCACAGAGUAACCAGGCCAGAAGUUCAGCCAUUGGUUCUUUCCAGUCUUUGAUGAAGAUGGUUUGCAAGGACCAAGCGUCUUUCUUUAGCAGCUCUGACACCUUUCUUAACUUGCCUAGAGUUCAUGAACUCUUAGGAGAUGACAAAGAGAAAUUCAACAUUCCUGAAGAUUCAACACCAUUUUGCUUGAAGCUUUAUCAGGAAAUUCUGCAGUCUCCAAAUGGCGCUUUGGUGUGGUCCUUCCUAAAACCUGUAUUACAUGGAAAAAUACUGUAUACACCAAACACUCCAGAGAUUAAUAAAGUCAUUCAGAAGGUAAAUCAUACUUUUGAUUUUGUGGGCAAGUUGAAGACUUUGUCAGAAACACUGCUGAGCGCGUCCAGCAUUUUUCAGAGCAGCGGAAAUGGCCAGAUGCUCCACCAGCUGCAGGAAGCCCUGAAAAACAAAUUUAUAAGAAGCUUUAUAAAAAGCCAGCUGCACAUUGAUGUAGCCAAACUGACUGAAAAGCUUCAGAUCUUCGGAGGGAAGUUGGACGCCAUGUUGAACCACACGGGCACCGGCCGCCUGCGCUCCCUGGGCCGCGUGCUGGUCGACCUGGCCUCCUGCGUCCGGCUGAACCGCUUCCGGGGCCUGGCCUCUGCUGCCGCCCUGGAGGCCACAGCACAGGAGCUCCUGCGGAAGAACACUUUAUUGGCCAGCAUCAUAUUCAACAGUUCCUUAAUUGGUAAGAACCUCAGCUCAGAAUCUCUGCAGCUACCGCCCCAGGUCACCUACAGCAUCCGGACCAGUAUCUUGUAUAGCAUGAGAACGGAUCUGGUGAAAAACCCUUUCUGGAAGUUCCACCCUCAGAACCUCCCAGCCGACGGGUUCAAGUAUAAUUACAUCUUUGUGCCACUGCAAGACAUGAUCGAAAGAGCCAUCAUCUCGGUGCAGAUGGGGCAAGAGGCCCUGGACCCGGCCACACAGGCCCAGGCCAUCCCAUACCCCUGCCACACCAGCGACCUGUUCUUGAACAACGUCGGCUUCUUCUUCCCCCUGAUAAUGAUGCUCACGUGGAUGGUGUCUGUGGCCAGCAUGGUCCGAAAGCUGGUUUAUGAGCGGGAGAUCCAGCUGGAAGAGGUAAGCAGCCUGGCUGCACCCCAGUGUGGGGCCUGGGCCUCGGGGUUAUACAUGAGGAUGAUGGGCGUGCACCCGGCCGUCCACUUCCUGGCCUGGUUCCUGGAGAACAUGGCCGUGCUGACCGUGAGCAGUGCCGCCCUGGCCCUCGUCCUCAAGGUCAGCGGCGUUUUCACCUAUAGCAGCGCCUGGAUCGUCUUCCUCUUCCUCCUGGACUUCGGCGUGUCAGUGGUCACGCUGAGCUACCUCCUGAGCGCGCUGUUCAGCCGCGCAAGCAUGGCCGCCCUGUGCAGCAGCCUGCUGUAUACGGCCAGCUUUCUGCCCUACAUCGUGCUGCUGGUGCUGCACGACCAGAUGGGCACCGUCCUGCAGACGGUCCUGUGCCUCCUCUCCACAACCGCCUUUGGACAAGGAGUGUUUUUUAUUACAUUCCUAGAAGGGCAAGAGGCAGGGAUUCAGUGGGAUAACAUGUACCAGUCUCCAGAAGUAGCAGGCAUGACAUUUGGCUGGGUUUGCUGGAUGAUUCUGUUUGAUUCAGGACUUUAUUUUGUAUGUGGAUGGUACUUGAACAACUUGAUUCCUGCUGUCUGCCGGCCCCUACUUGCUCGCUGUGACAGGGAUAACCUGGGAGACACAGGUUCCAGCUGUGGGAAAUGGAGAAUCAGAGACAACGGAAAAGAUAGAGAAAACCAGGGCGUCCCUAGCUCAGUGUGA